AUGCUUGUGAACCCAGUAUUUGUCUUUGUCCCAGGUGCAUGGCACACGGCAGACUCGUUUGACGUCGUUCGGGAUCUGAUGCACAAGCGUGGACUUGCAACCGAAGCUGUCUCCACCCCAUCUGUGGGCGCAUUCCCUCCAGAUAAGGGGCUACACGCCGAUAUUGAACAUACUCAUGCCGUCCUCAAGGAGAUGGUGGAAGCCGGACGCCAGAUCGUGUUGGUGAACCAUUCCUAUGGCGGGAUGGUCGGCGCUGGCGCUGUCGAGGGCUUGGGGUACGCGCAGCGGUCCAAAGCCGGUCUUCCCGGCGGCGUAAUCAUGGUAGUGUGGAUGGCCGCAUUUGUGACGCCCAAGGGCAAGACGUUAAUGGACAUGCUGGGGGGAAAACACGCCCCCUGGAUGGUCAUCAAUAGCCCGGAUGACGGGUACUGCUGGUCCUCUAACCAAGAGACAAUAUUCUAUAACGACAUGUCUCCAGAAGCGCAGCAGGAGGCGAUUUCCAAAUUGAAGCCGCACACGUAUAAGUCGUUCAACGAACCGGCUACGUAUGAGCCUUGGCGAGAGAUGCCUAGCAUGUAUCUCUUCUGCGACAAGGACGGAGCUAUCUCGUUGGCUGUGCAAGAGAACUUUGCUCAGACUUUGGGCAACCCAGUGACUUACCAUGUCGAUGCAUCUCACUCCGCAUUCCUGAGUGUGCCAGAAAAGGUGAUUGAGGGGUUGGAGAUUGCGUUGAAGGAAGGCCGACAGCAGAGUGGGAUUGCUGUGAACUAA